GUAUAGCUGUGGUGAGGUGCGGACGUGUGGUGAUGGGGUCUGGCCCGUGUCACAGCUCCGUGUUAACGCGACUCAAUAACAAAUGUAACACAGGUAAUUUCAGUAAGGCGGUGAGUUAUGUUCCACCAAAGAUCACUGAUGACUAACAUACUCUGAGUCAUUACUGUCCCCACGGCAACAAACAGUGAACACAAGGCAACUGGAUACAGAAAGAGGUGAAUGAACAAGUUAUAACUCAGUGACGACGGACGUGUAUGUGAUACGGUGAAAGAGGACGUGAGACUCAAGGACCACGCUAGAGUGUCAACCACCUGACGGGGGAACACCUCAACAUGGACACACUCCUCUACCUCGCUCUCCUGCUGCUGACCCCACACGGUCUGUCCAACGGCUACAGUGACCACUACAACAACUACUACUACAACAACAACAACAACUUCGAGGACCACAACUAUUAUUUUGACUACGAUAAGAGUGAGGAAGGAGACCUGCCUAUCUUCCUGUCUCAACCUCAGUCCUUCACGGUAGAGGCGGGCCAGUCUGUCACCAUCCCUUGUGACGUGGAGAAUGUAGUGACCAGCAAGCUGAUCUUCAAGAAGCUUCCAGCCAGCGGUGGGAGGGAGAAGCUGUUGGCUGUUGGUAAUGAAAGAGUCACCAGAGACCGUCGCUUCAGUGUGGACGGCUCGCGCCUCACCAUCUCCCACGCCCGCCCCCGCGACGCUGGCACCUUCCUCUGUAUGUUCGAGAUGGACCCGCCCAUCCAGCUCACACACACCCUCGACGUACAGUUCGCGCCCACCAUCAGAGCCCUGGCACCCCCAGAGCAGCAGGUGGCCAAGGACACCACCGUGAUCCUGCAGUGUAAGGCACAGGGCAACCCAGAGCCCAUCAUCACCUGGUCCCGUCAGGAAGGUCCUCUCCCCUCAGGCCUCCCUACUGAACAGGGCAAGAGUCUGACACUGAAGGGUGUUGACCAUCACGUGGAGGGAACUUAUCUCUGUACAGCUCACAACGGCAUCGGACAGCCCGCCUCAGCCGCCAUGACCAUCAUCGUGGAGUACCCGCCGGAGAUCACCACGGAGAAGGCCGUCGUGAGGACUGGUAAAGGAGACAACGUAGAGUUAGUGUGCCAGGUACGUGGACGACCUUCCCCUGACGUGACGUGGACGAGGGAUGGAGUGCCAGUCCCGGACGCCAACAUGGACACCCGCCUACAUCUACCAAGACACCACAACAGCUCCAACAACAUCCACAUGAGCCUCAGCCGCGCCGCCCACCGCCACGCCCUCACUAUCAACAAUGUGUCAGAGAAGGAUUUCGGGGCGUAUGUUUGUACCGCCUGGAACACCCACGGUCAGAGGCACGCCCUUAUACAUAUGACAGGCCUCCCCGAAACGCCUAAGGUGACGAGUAGCCCCAGCGGGGGGGAGAGGACCAGGUACUCCUUCACCUGGCAGACAGAGAGCUACUACCCCAUCACUGAGUUUCUCAUUAAGUACCGCAAGACACACUUGGGCGCCUGGCACGCCACCAACCGCACCAUAGUGAUGGCUGGGUCAUGGGAGAACGUGUCCAGGAAGGUGGCGACAAAGACCGUGAAAAAGGGUUCACCAUAUUUCAUGACGUUCACCAUAACGGGGCUGGAGGUGGCGACGGACUACGUGGCCGUCAUCAGGGUCAGGAACAAGUAUGGCUGGUCGGCUGAGUCUCCACACUUCGCCUUCUCCACCAAGAGAGCCAUGGCGGUGUUGUCGUCGGAGAGCGGAGCGAGGUCACACUUCCCUGGUUCCUACACCUCAGUCGUCGUCACCUCCCUCACACUCUUCCUAAUUCAUAUCUAGAGCACAACACCUUUAUUAAGAGCUUAUCAUGAUGGCAGGUCAAAUGGGCCCCAAUUCUACAGUAAUAGGCUGUAGUUAGCCAAGCCUCAACACAACCUAACUUGGUGGGUCAUGUGGUUGAGUACACAAACUUUCCACACGACCGCACCUGAUAGUCCCGGACCAGGAACCUAAUCUAACCUAAAACCUAACCUUACCUAACCAGAUGGAGACGUCAGUAAUUCACAUUGACAAUUACGAUGAUUAACAAAGCCAGGUAAAAUUGCUUCAUCGUGAUUACAGGUAAUAUGUGCCAGCAUAGUUUGAUAGUCUUAGAAGAUUCUCGUUUAAAGAAUGUUUCUCUACGAGGAAACAUAAACAUGGAAACGUGUGUUACAGCGUGUCUGUAUUUUUCAAGCCUAUUAUGAUUAUCUUUCUGAAUGGGCCUAUAUAUUUACCUCAUCUGUUUCAAUAUAAGCAAGAGUUAUUGUCUUCACCACCCAACAUCCACCCAACUAUCGUCGUUGUCUUCGUCAGCAGGUUCAGUUCCCCGUUUAACUCAGUAGCUUUAAACAUACAGUACGUGUGUUUGUCCUCCCUCACGGUGCUCUUGUGUUUAUCAAAGCUUCGUCAUAUUGUCCAGGCUGUCUUCACUAGUCAUGGGUAAACAUUCCCCUGUUCGCCCCAUGUUAUAAACAAGCCUUUGAAAUAUUGCGUCAUACUUGAACUCGUCCAUAGUGUUAUAUAAGAAAGUAAUCAUUUAACUUAUUAUCUUUGUGACAAUAGAGAGGAACAAGUGUCCAUGCUGAGCCCUUAGCAAUGUUGGGAUGUUCUUUUAAUAUUACAUUUGAUGGUCAAAUAGGUUCGAGUUGUAAUAGGCCCCAGUCUUACCACAAUCUUAUCAACAGGUUUAGGAGCAUGCUGUAAUGGGCUCCGGUCACCGGGGCCCAUUACACCAUGGUAAGGUUAAGUUAGGUUAAAUUAUGGCAAAAUAAGAUUGGUGCCAAUUAGGACUGGGCCUCAUCUGACCUGCAACCAUCCCAGUUAGGUAACGAAGAUGUGACGCAAACAAAUGUGGACAGUGAAUGUGUAUUUGUGGCUUCGGAAGCAGUUUACCUUCCAUGUUGUCAGUGAAAAAUGUUUAUUAAUCAUAUAUUAUGCACAAGUUGUAGCUGUUGAAAGUGUACUGUAGGUGUGUUCACAUCUUAAUGUCAUCUCCAAUUGUCAACAAAACUCUGAAAUGUCUGUUUGUAUUAAAUUCAUAAUUGAUCUUUCACGUUUGUAUUGAAUGGGUCAAGGGAUAGAGAAACAAAAGAGAGAAUGAUGUAGGAGAAUGUAGAUAGUUUUAGUAGAAGACCAGAGAGUGUGAAGAAAUAUUUACACGACCUGCCUCACACCCUCUUCCUAUACAGUGUUCACGGUGAAGCCUUGUUAUUAAUUCACUCUGUGUGUGUGUGUGUGUGUGUGUGUGUGUGUGUGUGUGUGUGCGCGCGUGUUACACUAAAUAGGGAUAAUUGUCAAUUAGUAUUAACUUUUAUGUAAUUAUCUUUUUUGUAACCUUGUGACUGUUACGUGGAGCUUUUCAGUAAGACUAUUAAUAUAUAACAGUUAUCACGGCUCUCAAUGUGUUGUAUAUGGGUGUUGUGUGGUGCUGAGAAUGGCUGCUACAUCAAACGGACCCCAGUCCUAAUAGGCCCUAAAUGAACAUAAUAAUCACUAGAAUUUGAAAUCAUUACGGCUGGGGUCAAUUAGAACUGGAACUCCAUCAUAAUGGUUGUGUUACAGUAUAAUGCAUUGACCACAUAUGACCUUGUUCAGUUCAUAUGUCUGUCUGUCUGUCUGUCUGUCUGUCUGUCUGUCUGUCUGUCUGUCUGUCUAUGUAAUAUGAAUAAACGUUCUUUGAAAGUGA